CGGCGUCAGAGCUUUGAGUCACCCGGGGCAGAAUCGAAAGUGAUCACCAGGCGUUUGGCCAGGCUGGGCUUGUGCGAUGGGCUCUGGAGGGCCGGUGAGCUGGACGCCACAUCCUGGUGGGGCAUCAGUGUCCGUGGCCCUUUCGACCCGUGACCCGUGACGCUGCUCACAGACGAGGCUGCGCCGAACAUGCCGUCCCCCGGAAGUGGCCGGGCGUCCGCCAGUGCUGGGACAUCGAAGGAGCUGUGCCUGGCCCGGCUGCAGCUGCAGGUGGAUGUGUCGCUGGGCUGCUCGCGCUGCACACAGCGGCUCAAUGAAAGCACCUACUUGCUGCGUGGGCUGGAGCACAGGUGUGCGCAGGAAAUCCUUCUGGCACGCCGGAAAGGUGCGGCGCCUAGCGAGGCCUGGCGCAAGGUGGACCGGAGGCCUCUCUUCCCCAGGCCAGCGCGCUAUGUGGUGUGCCGUUACUAUCGACCCGGCCUGGGCUGCCAGCGCCACCGCAAUCGGUGCACCUUCGCACACAGCCCCGAGGAGGCGCAGGUGUGGAACUUGGAGCGGGAGUUCGGGCUGUACUGGCCCUGGCUGAAGGUGGCCCUGAAGGGGGGUACAGCCCAGACCAGCCCGGCUGAUGCCAUCCUUGCCGAGUUUGGGGGCCACUUCCAAGAGUUCUGCACCCACUGCUUCCGACGCUGCCCCCCGUGCCUCAGCCCCGUGGACGCCAGGGGAGAGUGUCACACACACAGGGCCUGCCUGGCAAUGCUGGCACACGUGAGUGCCGAGGGCCACCGCAAACAGCAAGUGGUCGAGGUGCGACAGCAGCCCCAGGCUGGCUGGGCCUUGGACUACUGUAUGUACGUGGCCGAUGGCCGGCCCUGCAAGCAUGGAGUCGCGCGGUGCCAGUUCGCUCACAGCGCAGUGGAGAUGGCGGUGUGGAAGGCUGAGAGGCAGGAUGGACUGCAGCGAGGGGACUUGCUCAAAGCCCUGGCCCCUGAAGCUCCUGCUGACCAGACCCCCAGUGUCCAGCUGUAUUGCCAGGCCUGCUUGGUGUCGUGUGAGUCCGUGGAGGCCUUUGAAAACCACUGUGCUUCCCUGGAGCAUUCUCAGAUGGUGGCCUUGGAGCCAGUCACGACCUGGGAGCACCGCAGCCCACCCACGGGCCUGUCCACCUUUGAGCUGUGUCCUAGGCCUGAGCUCUGUGAGUACGGACGUCUCUGCACCAAGGCUCACUCCCCGCAGGAGCUCCUGGAGUGGACCCGGCGGGCCGAGACAAUACGUUUGCGGGAGGAGGACGCCUGGCGGGAAGGCCUAGUGUCUUACCAGGCUCGGCUGCUAGACGAGUAUCAACGCAGUAGCAACAAAUUGCUGGUGCUGGCUGAGUCGGUGGAAGGCGUAUCCGCUGCCUGUGACCAGCCCCUGCUGCACCGGGCUCAGCACCGAGUCACUGAACACAGCUGGACAUUCACCCUUGAAUCCAAGAAACCCCUGGAGCAUGUGGCCUUACUCAGGCAGGAACCUGGAGCCACCUUCUGGCUUGCAGUCCCCGGCCUCGGCCCGGGGCAGCAGUACGCGCGUGGGGAGCGCUUCCUUGUGCCUGGUGCUGGCAGGCAUCACUUCCGGGUGACAGUGCAUGUCCUCAGCGCCUCCUUUGGCACUUUUGAGCAGUGGCUUGUGUUCAGCUUCGGCCACCUGCCGGCGCUGCUGAGGAAACUCACACUGCAGCUGGGCCAGGAACCCUGCCUGGAGGUCCCAGGCCAGUCCGCAUCAGACCUCCAACAGCCACUGGAGCGUUGGCACACGGGCAACCGCCAGGUGGUCCCCGGCGUGGAGCGCAAGGCUGGGGAGGCGGCCCUACUGGCCAAGUACAAGGUGCCUGACCUGGUCCUGGAUCUCAAGCAUGGCUGCCAAACCCUGGAGCCGAUCUCCUGUGCCAACUACCGGCAGCGGAUGCACCAGUUUCUCUUUGAAGAAGAGACAGCACAACAGCAGCUGGUGGCCAAGCUGAACCUGCAGGCCCCGGUGGCUCUCAAGCAGACCCUGGAGACGCCAGCUCUGGGGAUGGUGAUCGCGCCACCGGGUGACCUGUAUGCAGAAGUGUCUAUCCCGUCCUCACUCACACCAGACACGGAUCAGGGUUUCCUGCUAAGCCGGGCGGUCAGUACAGCGCUGGUGGCCCCAGUGCCGGCACCUGACCUCCGGGUGUUUGAAGUGCGUCUGGAGAGCCGGGCCAGCUCGGACUGGACCCUGUGGUUGCUGCUGCCCGCCCGUUGCUGCCAGGCUCUGGGGCUCCAGGCUGACACCAGCCCUGUCCUGGAGGUACAGUUCCAGAUCGACCCACUGACCUUCUGCCGCUGGCACCAGGCGGUGGAUGCGCUGGCCGACGAGCGCCUGGUGGUGCCAGACCUGCAGCUGUGCGCACUGCCCCGAGCCCUGAACAAUCUGCCCUUGGUGCAUGGCAAUCGUAAGCAGAAGCUGGCCAUCGAGGCCAUCCUGGGUGGCAACCCCAGCGGCUCUAAGCCAGUGGCCCCUCUGCUCAUCUAUGGCCCCUUUGGUACUGGCAAGACCUAUACGCUGGCCAUGGCGACUCUGGAGGUGGUGAGGCGGCCACACACCAGGGUGCUCAUCUGCACGCACACCAACAGCGCCGCCGAUAUCUACAUCCACGAGCACUUCCACGGCUACGUCAGCAGUGGCCACCCCGAGGCUGCGCCUCUGCGCGUCAUGUACAUGGACCGCCCACCCAGCCAGACGGAUGCGGUCACACUGCAGUACUGCUGCCUGAGCCCCGACCGCCGGGCCUUCCGGCCACCCAGCCCUGCGGAGCUGCAGAAACAUCGCAUUGUGGUCACCACCACAGCGCAGGCCCGGAAUCUGCCCGUGGCCCCUGGCUUCUUCUCGCAUAUCCUCAUCGACGAGGCUGCCCAGAUGCUGGAGUGCGAGGCGCUGAUGCCGCUAGGCCACGCGGUGGCCGGCACGCGAGUGGUGCUGGCGGGUGACCACAUGCAGGUCACGCCCAGGCUCUUCAGUGUGGCCCAGGGCCAGGCGGCCAACCACACUCUGCUGUACCGCCUUUUCUUGCAUUACCAGCAGCAGCCGCAGGAACAGGCCCAGAAUAGCCGCAUCAUCUUCCACGAAAACUACCGCUCCACGGACGCCAUCAUCAACUUUGUGGGGCGCUACUUCUAUGUGGCCAAAGGCAGCCCCAUCCACGCCAGUGGCAAGGUCCCGCGUCACCCCCGCCUUUACCCGCUCAUGUUCUGCCACGUGGCAGGCCCUCCGGAGCGGGAUCUGUCCCUCACAUCCUGGCUCAAUCCGGCCGAGGUCAGCCAGGUGGUCGAGAAGGUGAGGGAGAUCUUGGGGAGCUGGCCACACUGCUGGGGCGCCUGCGAUCAGAAGCGGGUCUGCGUCGUCUCCCACGGUGCCCAGGUGAGUGCGCUGAGACAGGAGCUGAGGAAAUGCUACAUGGGCCAGGUAUCUGUGGGCAGCUUUGAAAUUCUGCCAGGCCGUGAGUUCCGGGUGGUGGUCCUCAGCACUGUGCAUACCCACCACAGCCUGCUGGACCAGGGUGCGCCCACCCCCGAGGUCUUCACCGACCCCCGCGUGCUCAACACCAUCCUGACCCGCGCUCAGUCGCAGGUGGUGGUUGUGGGUGAUGCUGUGGCGCUCUGCUCCGUGGGGGCCUGCAGCAAGCUGUGGAAAUGCUUCAUUCGGGACUGUAUGGAGCACCACAGUGUCUGUCCCCCAGACCUGUCACUGGAGCAGAUUGAAACCAGCGUGCGACGGCGCUGGGCCCAUGGGGUCCUACAGGCACCAGGAGGCACCACCAGGGAUCCUGUUGCUGGGCCCAGGACCGAGGGGGCUGUGCCUCCUCCAGAUCCUACUGCAGACACAUCUGCACAGAAGGCCGAAUCCAGGGCUGUGGUAUCACUGGGGUCCGUGACUGCAGCCAACAUGGCCCCGGAGAAAUUGGAGGAGGCAGCUGCAGGCAAUGGGAAGCUCAUGGGCCCCGAGGAUACCGAAGAGACUGAGUCUGACUUUUGGUUGUUCGAGGGGGAGCUGGACCCCGAGGACUCCAUCCUGAAGGAGCUGCUGGAUGAGAGCCUGAAAAUGGCUGUGACUGUGCGUGAGGAUGGCCUCCUGGACACCGUGGCCAGGCCCACAUCCCGGCUGCAGGCCGGGCAGUACACGAAUUUGCCGCUGGCCAUACUGCAGUCGCUGCUCCGCUCACAGCCCAAGCUGUACCAUCGCUGCACCUUCGUGCAGGACACCUUCCAUAGCGCCACGGCAGUGCCGCUGGAUGCGGUGGGUUCAGAGACCAUCCAGCUCUGCGGCCGCUUGAACUGCGGCAUGGCCUUCACAGGGGACGAGGUGGUGGUGAAAGUCAUCAAGCAGGUGCCCAGGCAGCCCCAGGGCUGUGUGGUGGGUGUGCUGCAGCGGCGGCAGCGCGAGCUGGUAUUCGUGUGCCGCAUGGAUGAGUGGGACUCGCGGAUCAUGACCCCCAUCGACAACAGUGUGACCAAAAUCUUUGUGGCGGAGCUGCGGGACCCACGGGAGGUGCCUUUGCAUCGCCUCGUGCGAGGCCGUCUGAAGCGGGUGGGCACCGAGCGGCUGGCUCUUAGUGAACGGCAUACUCGGCUCUUCCUCGUGCAUGUGGUGCUGUGGCGGGCACGUUUCUAUUACCCACUAGGUAUCAUCCUUGAGGUGCUGCCUGAAGCAUCCACCUGGGAACAUGGCCUCAAAGCCCUGGACUUGGAAUACGGACUAAAACCGCUGACGCCGGAGCCGGGUGCUGUGUCCCAAGCACUGCAGAGGUUCCGUGGCCAGCUGGACAAGGCUUCCAGCCAGAGGCAAGACUGCCGCAACUUCCUGACCUUCACCGUGGACCCGCAGGAUGCCUGCAACUUGGACGAUGCCCUCAGUGUCCGGGACCUGGGCCCCAGGUAUGAGGUGGCUGUGCACAUCACGGAUGUGGCCAGCUGUGUGCACAGGGGCGGAGCCCUGGACGUGGAAGCCCACAGGCGAGGGUCGACAUUCUAUGCCCCUGAACGAGAGCCGGUGCCCAUACUGCCCGCCAGCCUCUGCCAGAGCGCACUCAGCCUCCUGCCCGGCCAGGACCGCCUGGCCAUCUCCUUGUUCCUCACCGUGGAGAAAGGCAGCGACCAGCUCAAGGAUGUCCGCUUCGCGCUCUCCCUCAUCCGCUCUGACCACCGGCUGUCCUAUGAGGAUGCAGAACGGCUCAUCCGAGAGCACCCAGAGUCAGGCUUCAAAAUGCCUGCCAGCCUGAACUCUUUGGGCGACUGCGUGGCAGCCGCCUGCUACUUCUCCCGCGUGCUGCGGGAGCGCCGGUUGCAACAUUCCUGCUAUUACGAGCGGCCGGACGAGGACAUUGCGCUGGGCUUCCGUGCCUCGCAUACCAUGAUCCAAGAGUACAUGAUACAGUUCAACAGCCACGUGGCCGAGUUCCUGGUGGGCAGCAAGGCCACGCAGGAUGUCACCCCACUGCGGUGGCAGCAGGCGCUCAGCAAAAAGCAGCUGGAAACGCUGAGCGAGAAGCACAGGGCUUGGCUGCCCUUGUCACUGCAGAUGAAGCAGCAUCUGGGUGACCUCUGUCCCCCAGCGUCAGCGGCUGAGGCGCAGCUGCCCUUGCUGAUUGCCUUCUGGAGGCAUAUCCGGCUUGCAGCCCAGGAGCAGGACCUGCAGCUGCUGGUGGACCUUGUCACCACAGACGACCUGCACCCCACUCUGAUGCCCGUUAUGCUAGACUACCGCCGGGCACAGAACCGCUCUGCCUUCUACCGCUCUGGGCAGGGCAAGAAUGAGCCUCUGGGCAAGCACCGGCCUCUGGGCCACUACUCGCUGCAGGUAGACUGGUACACCUGGGCCAGCUCGCCCAUCCGCAGGUACCUGGAUCUGGUGCUGCAGAGGCAGCUGCUGCUGGUGCUGGGCCAAGGGAACGUCGCCUAUUCAGCCGGGGACAUCGACCGGCUCUGCCAGGAGUUCAGCCACCAGCAGGUGUGCGCCCAGGGCUACCAGCGCCGGGCGCAGAACCUGCACCUGGCCACGCAGCUCAAGGUCCAGCCCCGGGACAAGCUGGGUUUUGUGGUGGACGUGGAGCCAGGGGCCCGCUGCUUCAAGCUGCUCUUCCCCGGUGACAGAGAGAGCCUGCCAGAGCCCUGCCCAGUGUUCUACCGUUCCUUGCUACUAGCCGAGCACCCCCAGACACAGCCAGGCCUGCAUCUGAUGUGGCGCCGUCGUAUCUACUCGCUGCAGAAGGAUAAGGCAUGCCUGCCGCUGCCUGGUGCCCUGCUGGACCCCCACUGCCAGCCGGUGGAUUCCGGAAUGUGGCAGCAGCUGCUGGAACUGAUGCAGGAGCAGCGCUGGCCGGAGGCAAUGGCCCUUGUGAAGGCGCAGCGAGUGGCUGCGCCCACGCCGAGGCGGCUGGGCUGGGUGCAGCAGAGCAAGUGCAAGCUGUUUGUGGAGGUGUCUCUGGACCUGUGCGCUGGGGACGUGCUGCAAGUGCAGCUGAGCCCAGCCCUGCAGCGUGGCUUCCUGGCACCUGUGCUGCAGCUGUGGACAGUGGCGCCUGGCCUCAGCUUAUGCCUGGAGCACGCGGACAGGCCGGAGAACUGCUUCUCGGGUCAUGAGCUCCAGCCGGGCAAGGACCGAUACCACGACCUGGCUGAGUACGAGCGCGUGUGGCAGCCAUUUUGCACACUGGAGACGAUUAUCGGAGCAGUGAUUGAGAACGAGUCCAUCACGCUGCAGGGAGUGAAUAUCUUCUGGACUCAGGAGCAGACUGCGCAGAACCAGAUGCAGGGAACCUUCUACCUGGAUGCAGCCUUCCUGAUACAAUAUAGCAUCAACAUCAGCUUCAACCAGUGCUACCUCUGCAUUCGGCUGGAGGGACUGAAGGCGGCCCAGCCCCCUGCCUGCCAAGGCCUAGUGCCUGCCGUCACCAUGGACCCCGGCACCUUCACCUGGGUGGCCCAUGGACUGACAGUGGACACCGAGGAGGACAGCCGGUCCAACCUCUUUUCUAGCAAAUAUGUGAAUUUUUUUAUCCAGCACAUGGCCAUGGAGAAGGUUCCAGACCAGGUAUUUGAGCCUGAUGCCCGGUUCACCAUCGAAGUGCUACCCAAGCAGCUUCCAGACAUUCGCAAAGAAGAGGCGUUGCGAAACCUGCCAAAGGCCUCGAAGCUGAUCACCAGCAUUGCCCUAGGCCAGCCCCUUACCCUGCCCAGCCACUCAUCCCGCCAGCCUCCCCUGAACAGAGGGGUUUACAGCAGGUUCCUGGAGCAGAAAGCCUUCGACAUCCCACAAUACUGUCACAAGCUGAACCCCAGCCAGACCAUGGCUGUCCGAGAGGCCCUGAGGAAGCAAUUCACGGUCAUCCAGGGUCCUCCAGGCACGGGGAAGACCGUGGUGGCCCUUCACAUCGUCUUCUGGUUCCACAAGUGUAAUGAUCAGGUUCUGGACAGCAGUGAACGUCGGCGGUCAGGCCCUCACAUCCUGUACUGCGGGCCUUCCAACAAGUCGGUGGACGUGCUGGCAGGUCUGCUCCUGAAUAGGAUGCAAGAAUUGAAGCCCCUCCGCGUGUACGGCGAGCAGGCCGAAGCCACCGAGUUCCCCGCACCCGGAGUGGGUAGCCGGGGCCUUUCCAAGAAGAGCCCCGGGGAGGGGCGUCCAAACCAAGCCCUCAGGAGUAUCAGCCUCCACCACCGCAUCCGGCAGCCAUCUAACCCCCACUCGGCAUUACUCAAAGCCUUUGACACACGGCUACAGAGCGGAGAAAUCUUGUCCGUAGAAGAUCUCAUAAAGUACAAGUCUGUGCUGUCCAAGGCGAGAAGAUACGAGCUGGCCCGGCACCGCGUGAUCCUCUGCACCUGCUCCUGUUCCGCUGCGGGAUACCUCAAUGACCUGGACGUGAAGCAGGUGCUCAUAGAUGAGGCGGGCAUGGCCACGGAGCCCGAGAUCCUCAUCCCCCUGGUGACAUUCUUCAAGAUCGAGAAGGUGGUCCUUCUCGGAGACCACAAGCAAUUGCGGCCCGUGGUCAAGAACGACUCGCUACAGAAACUGGGGCUGGACCGUUCCCUCUUCGAGCGGUACUACCAAGACGCCCUCAUGCUGGACACGCAGUACCGCAUGCACAGGGACAUCUGUGCCUUUCCAUCCAUGGAGUUCUACCAGAAUCGACUCAAGACGUGGCCGAACCUUCAGCGGCAGCCCAGCAUCCUGGGCCACCCCGGCAAGAAAAGCUGCCCUGUCAUCUUUGGCCACAUUCAGGGCCACGAGAAAAGCCUACUGGUGUGCACGGAGGAAGGAAAUGAGAACUCCAAAGCCAACCUGGAGGAGGUAGACAGAGUGGUCCACAUCGCCAAUCAGCUGGUUCUUGGGGGCAUCCUCACCCGGGACGUUGCCAUCCUCACCCCCUACAAUGCACAGGCGGCAGAGAUUAGCAAGAAGCUCGCUCUCAAAGGCAUCAAGGGCAUGACCGUGUCCUCCAUCACCAAGAGCCAGGGCAGUGAGUGGCGCUACGUGCUAGUGAGCACGGUGCGUUCCUGCCCCGAGCUCGAAGUGGACCAGCGGCCCACCAAGGGCUGGAUGAAGAAGUUCCUGGGCUUUGUGACGGACCCCAACCAGCUGAACGUGGCCAUCACACGUGCCCAGGAAGGGCUGUGCUUCAUUGGGGACCACCUCCUUCUGCGCUGCUGCCCGCUCUGGCGCCGGCUCCUGGACUUCUGCGAGGCCCAGGGUGGCUUGGUGCCGGCCGAGCAGAUCCGGGUGCAGAGAAGGUCCUUCUGAAGAGCCCAGCCCUGCCCUUGCAAUUCCUCUGCAAUUCUUGGUUGGAGGAAAGUCCCACUGGCUCCCCGCCAGACACUGUCUCAGCACCACCUCCUGACCACGGCGGCUGCUGGGGCCUUGCUGAGUGGGAGGAAAUCCGCUGGGGCAGCUCCUCAACCUUUGAUCGCUGGAUUGGGUCCUGGACCUCAAAGGGAAGUACAGGAAGCUCAGCUCCAUUUUCUGUUUCAAUGAGCCGAGCCUGAGCACUGCACCCCGGCUCUCAGGGCCACUCUGGGCCAGGAGUCCUUUCGGGGAAGAAGGGCCCUUUUCUCUGCUACCUCUUGCCCCUGCUCCGGCUGCCCAUUCUCCUGCCUGGCCAUCCAGCUGCUGUGCAAACAAUCAAUCACUCAAUACCCAAUCUACCAAUCAUUCCUGCUGGGGGCAGGGGUGUGCCUCACCCCCCAACCUGGGCCUUUUUGGGGAGCCCCGUGCACUGUAUCACUUUGCAGCGCUGAGGCAUCGUCCACCCCCAUACUUUUGGGCCUCUUGGGUGGACCAUGCCCCGUGCUACCCUCCCUCCCCCAGUGCCUCUGGGCCCGAUGCAAUUCCUCUCCCCACCAUGUGGCGGCGCUGCAAGCUCCGUUUACAUCCAGGGAGUGCCUGUGAUUCUGAUUUUUUUAGUUGUAUUUUAUUUUAUUUUUACAAAUCAGAUUUCUAUAUUCCAAUUUUUAUAUAUAUCUUUUCUUGGACCCUGGCUUAAUUUUAUUAUAAAGACUGCUCUGAAAA